UGAGUGUUGGGUACUGAGAGUUGGGUGUUGAGCGUUGGGUGCUGAGUGCUGGGAGCUGUGUUGGGUACUGAGUGUUGGUACCGAGUGUUGGGUACUGAGACUACUGGGUGCUGAGUGUUGGGUACUGAGUGUUGGUACUGAGUGUUGGGUACUGAGUGUUGGGUACUGAGUGUUGGGUACUGAGUGUUGGGUACUGAGACUACUGGGUGCUGAGUGUUGGGUACUGAGUGUUGGUACUGAGUGUUGGGUACUAAGAUACUGGGUACCAUAGUACCUUAUGUUCACUGAGAGUGUUGUGUGCUGAGACUGUUAGGUGGGUGAGAGCCGGGUAGCAGGUAGCGGGUAGAGGGUACCUGGGUUUGGGGUACCUGGGUAGGGGUACCUGGGUAGUGGGUACCUGGGGAGAGGUUAGCGGGGUGCCACCAGUCUCAAUAUAGAGGAGUGGGGAGAGUGGUGGUAGAGUCUGAUGAUGGACUGGAAGGAAGGUCUGAGUGGGGGGGUGCACUUGCUGGAUGCUGCACCUCCUUCAGGUGAGGUGGUGGGUGGUGCAGCAGGUGAGGUAGUGGGUGGUGCAGCAGGUGAGGUAGUGGGUGGUGCAGCAGGUGUGGUGGAGGCACUGGCACCCAUACCUGCAGGUCUGGAGGCACUCUAUGCAAGAUGUCGCAGCAUCUACCCUGACCAGCCCAACCCUCUGCAAGUUACUGCACUUGUCAAGUUGGGUGGACCAGACCCUCUUGAUUAUAUUAGCAUGUAUGCCAACCCAGGAAACCCUAAAUUAAAUAUACCUUCUCAUUGGCAUUAUGUCAGCUUUGGCUGCUCAGAUCUUCAUGGUGAUGGUCGGGUUCACGAGCAGACAGGGCCAGAGAGCCCCAGUGGGUUCGGCUUCGAGUUAACAAUGCGCUUGAAAAAGGAAGAGGGUGAGAAGAGUCCACCCACGUGGCCCGCAGCGAUCAUGCAGGCCCUCUCCAAAUAUGUCUUCCAGUCUGAGUCGGUCUUGUGUGGGGAUCCGUGUCAUGGCACUGCCCCUUGGACAAAAGUGGCGCGGUUAACACAGUAA